GCCGUAUGGUCAUCACUAACCGAGAGGAACAGUAAGCAACGCAAAUUGUUUGUUGAUUGAUUAAAAAAAGAUUUAUUAUUUAUUACUUGAAAACAUAUAGGUGUUACAUUUUACCUUUAGCCAAAUAUGGCUCACAUCUUGGAUUUCAAGAAAAUAUGUCGCGCCUGUUUAUCUGAUGCUGGACCUCUAAAGGAUUUGUUUACGGCUUGUUCUGCUGGAGUCUUUAAAUACUGCACUUCUGUGGAAAUCGCGGAUUCGGAUGCCCUCCCAAAAUUAAUAUGUCAAACAUGUUUGGAUUUACUGAACAAACUGUACUACUUCAAGCAAGUCGUUGUGAGAUCCAACGUUAUACUGAAACAGCAAUGCAGAUUACUGAAUUUGCAGACCAAACCUGAUCAGACAAGCGAAGGGAAUGAUAUAGUAGAGGUAAAUAUAACAGAACUCAAUGAAGAAGUCACAAUGCAUGAGAACAACAUGAACGAAAGUAUGGAUGGAACAGAGAAGACAGAAAAACCAUCAGCUGAUGCAAUAUUAAUUAGUCAAAUCCUGCAACGUCGCCGGAGACGCGGCCCUGGUCGUCCGCCGAAGGAUCCAGACGGGCCCAAGCGGAGACGGGAACGGAUGAAGUGUAUGAAAUGCGGCAAGAGCUUCCAGAAGUACGAGAACUUCGAAGCUCACAUGCGCGGACACUUCGGGAAGAAGCCAGAUAUAAAGUGCAAGCAUUGCGACAAGGCGUUCCUGUCCCUCCGCAGUCUUAGCAGCCACGUGAGGAUUCAUACAGCGGUACGCAAAUAUCAAUGCCUGAGCUGCGGCAAGAGCUUCGCAUAUUUGAAUGUGCUCAAAAAUCACGAGCUGAUACAUGCCGGUAUCAAGAAACAUCAGUGUCACAUAUGUGACGCUAAGUUCGUGCAGGCUUACAAUCUCAAGAUGCAUCUAGAAACUCACAAUAAUCAGAAGAACUAUAGCUGUUCUCAGUGCGGAAAGAAGUUUGCUCAGCCUGGGAACCUCAAAAUACACCUCAUAAGGCACACUGGCAUCAAGAACUAUGCAUGUACCAUGUGUGAGAUGAGGUUCUAUAUAAAGGCUGAUCUGGUGAAGCACAUGCGUUCACACUCGGCCGAGAAACCUUUCUCCUGUCAACUUUGUGAUAAAACUUUCAAAAGCAGAAGCUUUCAAGCAAUACAUAUGAGGACGCAUACAGGAGAGCGUCCCUAUGCCUGCGACCUGUGCCCCAAAAAAUUCAUGGCUAGAAAAGACUUGAGAAACCAUCGGAUGAUCCACACGGGGGAGAAACCGCACAAAUGUCAGCUGUGCAACCAAGCUUUCAUACAGAAAUGUGCACUGAACAGACACAUGAAGGGUCACGGGAAGGCCAAUGAAGAUGCACAGAAUCUCAUCAGAGCACAACUACCGCCUGUUAAUAAUACACCUCUACCAAUGUCAUACACACAGUGGCAUAACUGAUUACUUUGUAUUUAAGCUUAACGUAUAUGUAUUUGGGUUAUACAUUGAAUGUGUUUCCUCGGUUGUUAAUUAUUAUCGGAGAAAAUAUGUUUUGUUUGUUGUCUUCGGGAAAGCCGGUUAUGAAGAGGAUUUUGUGCAAUUUCUUUACAUUGAUAUGUUCCUAAAGUAUAAAAGCGGAAUUCUGAUUGGUUGAUAUUCGUUUGCGUUACUAAAAUAACGCACAAAUAGUUUCACAUAGUAUUUUCAUUUUAUAUUCUCAUUACAGACACAAUUUUUGUAAUUAAUGUAUUUUUUCCAUCUCCUCCGCUCUGUGCCCAUACAACGAAUACUUUUAGAAUACAUAUAUGGUUGUGUUGAUUACACACAAUAUUUUAUAAUCACAGUCUUUUUAAAAGAAAAGCUACAAUAGUAAAACGAAAAUGACAUUUCACGAAAGUGUUUGUCAAAAAUGGUGUUAGUGUGAGCAGUAUAGUGACAGAUCUUUCAUAUAAUAUUCUAGUAUAUUGCAAAUGGCGACGCAAAAAGCGGGAAAACUUAAAAUAUGUGACUUUUUUUUUACCAACUCUUACUUGAAAUGCAAAUAAUAAAGACUUAAUAUCUGUAUAAAUAAAAAAAAAUGCUUGUCUAUGGAUUUUACAGUAUAUGUAUAUUACAUGAAAAAAAAAUUAAUAAGUCACUGAAAUUAAGAUUACUAUAAUAGUCGAGCCUACAAUAUUAUUGUCUUAAUAAAAACAAAUUCACGUUAUAAUGAUUGUAGAUUAAAAUAAUCAGUCUUACAUUGUUAUGUAACUGCGAAAUAAUUUAAUUAGACUGUACCAGUAUUGAAACCAAGUCAUGGAAAAUAAUUUAAAAUGUUAAAUAUUCAUUGUAAAUAUAAAUAUAGUUAACAUAGUUGAUUAAACAAAAACUGUAUAUGUUUGAAAAAUAAGAUGUAAUGAUUUUUGUAAAUAAACCAUAUAAUUUUAUGUUAAUUUGUACACAUAGUUAAAAAUAUUGAUGUGAAAUUUAUUGUCUGUUACCAGCCACUACUGAUCGCUGAACCAAUUUGAUCCUAAAGGUGGUAUUUAAGCUCCCACAUUGACGUACAGACAUGCACACAAAUUCUAGAUAGAAUGAAAUUCAAUCUUAGUACUUUCUUAUAUAAAACUUUGUUAAAAAAAAAUGUCGCAUUGCUAAAAUAGUCAUGCUCCGUCUAAAUAAACCCAUGUAUACAUAUUUUACAUUUGGUUUUAAUGUGUAUAUAUAUUGUUAUUUAAAAAUAAUACAAAAAUCCUUUUAUCAUACA